CGAAGGGGGAUGGGCUUGCGGGGAGUCUGUUAUUUCACAAAUGAAAUAUUACAUGUGGGAUGCAGCUCCGCAUUGUCUGCGCCGCAGCUUUGUUUGAUUCGGACUUCCACGCAUUGACACGGGCACGUCGGGGGUGGGCGGCGGGCUUGAUUGGUACAGUACUAAUUGGCCGGAGCCCGCAAAUCAAAGCGGGCGCUGCACAGAGGCAAACAAGCGUCCCCCCCCCACCCUCCACCUCCCCACCGCCCCUCCUCCGCCCCCCCCAGCCACCCCUGCAUUCCAUAAAACAGAAAUCAACAGCUCCGGUGCGAGUGAAUAAACGCGACGGACUCACGCCGACCACUUCCAGCAUCAGUUUGCUGUGAGUCCGUCGCUCAAACGCGUCCACGCUAAGCGGCUAGCGGCGAUGUGAGCAGCCGCACGGAUGUGUGGCGAGAUAUGACCGAUGCCCUGAAUGAACUCCGCCACUCUUAUUAGUAAGUAAAGUAAGUAAACAGUACUUUACACUGAUGUCACGUGACCGAGGACAGCGUCCCGGGCGCUCGCGCGUUCAGGCUAAUUAGGAGUAAUUCAGUGAAUGCCGGAGCACGUUACGGCCACGUUAUCUGACAGCGUCUCCUCCGUGAGCUACACGGCCGUUAGCUAGCGGGCUGCUGCUCCGUUAGCCUCGCUAGCUCGGACGGUGACACGCGACCAAUGUGUGUUUUCUGCCCGCAAACCAAACGUUUCUUCCCCCCGUUGUGGCGUGUCAGGGUAAAGCGCGGCCUCGAGCCAUGCUAGCACCAGCUAGCUGCCGCUAGCUUUGCUCCACAUUAACGGUCGCCUUGACAACCACAUCAGUCUUCCUUCUGACUCCGUGGGCUCCAUCUCUUGAACCUCAGCGGGCUUCUCUUCGAGCGACUUGGCCACGAACGUAGAGUCUUGUUUAUGGGAGCUCCAGGUCGGCUCAUCCAGACUCGGAGCUGAUCCACCGGCAGGCCUAUGGAAGCCCUCACCCCCUGCAGGGAUAUGCAACCAACCAUCACCCAGGCAGCGCCAGACAAGGUGGGGCCUGGGGAGCUCCAGGGCGCUCACUUGGUCUGUCGGGGCUGUUCGACGCCAGCCUCCACCACCCUAGCCCCUCUGGUCCUGAUCCCUCCGUCAUGAAUCUGAUUUCAGCGCUGGAAUCCCGGGGUUCCCAGCCCUCACCCUCGGCUUCUUCCCUCCUUUCCCAGUUUCGCACGCCCUCCUGGCAAACUGCGAUGCAUACGCCAGCUCCACCGGACCUCUUUAUUUCUGGGCCACUUCCGGGUUCCAGUUCCUUCCCCUCCUCCUCGGCCCUUUCUGCAUACCAGCACCCCGCCUCCUUUUCUGGACGGUCUUUCACUCCCUCGCUAUCCCUACAGGACACUCCUGCAUUUAGUUCUACGUCCAAUGGUUUGCUGUCCCCCUCUGACCACCUGCUGCACAUCAAAUCUCCCUCUCAAUCCAGCUUGGGCUUUGACCGCUUGCUGUCUUCCCAGGGUGCCACCUAUCGGAGCUCCCAGGAGCCCCAUGCCCCUCCUCAAACCCAAGGCCCUUCCACCUCCUCCAGUUGCCACCUGCCUCCUCCCCAAUUCAAUCUGUUGUCAUCCCAGCUCCAUAACCAGUCCUCCCAGCUCUAUAAUGCCUCCAUGUUCUCUUCUGCGACAGCCAUACCACCCACAGCCCCCCCUCAGCCACCACCACUGGAGAGGACUGUCUCUCGCCAAGAUAGUGUGAUCAAGCAUUACCAACGCUCGUCCCUGGCCCAGUCCACAGCACUCCCCUUACAGCAGUAUGUCGGCUGUGGUAGUUCAUCGGGUUACCCGCAGAUAGCUAGCCACCACCGGCAUGCUGGAAUGGCAUGCAGUCCCCUGGGGGAGCAGAGCCCGUCCUCUGACCCUAAGCCCUCACAACGGAUUGAAUCCCAGACGUAUCGGCCAAUCGUCCAAACUCCCUAUACCUCAUCGUCCUCCAGCUCCUCAGUUUCCUCCUCAUCAGCCUCUAAGGGAGCCAAGAAUUCGAGCGCCAGUAGUGGUUACUCCUCUUCAGGUUCAGCAUCGACCUCUUCUCGUACCCCACACACCCCACCAUCAGCCUCCUCUGCUUCCUCUUUGACCUCUUCUAGCUCCAAGACCAGUGCUGGGUCCUUGUCUGCUCCCUCCCGGCAACAGCCCCCUCCUCAGUCAGCACCAGUGGUGUCAUCCACCCAUGGUCAGUCUGCACCUAAACAAUGCCUCUCCACCUACGGCUCUUCAUCUAUGGCUAAUUCUAGCACACGUUUACCAGAACAGACGCCUUCCCAGCAACAUGUCCAGUCCUUCUCUCCUAACCAACCCUCAUCUGCACAUAUGGCCCAGUGUUAUGGAGGCUUCUGCUCACCUCAUGCCCAGGACCUGAGCUCUGGAGCAGGAGGCGCUGGAGGAAAGGCCUUCACUGGUAUAGGCACUGGAGGACGUUCAUUCUCUGCAGAGAUAGUAUUUGGGGACUCAAACUUUGGAUCAUCUUCUCUAAGAAGAGCAGAAAGUCCUUCCUUGGAGUAUGGGAGUGCUGGAGGGUCAGCAGGACGUGGAUCCAUGCCAGGAGCUGCUGCACUUGGCAGUGGAGUUGGAUCUGCAGGAUCAGGGAGUGGUUCUGUCAGCGUAGGCAAUGGAGGUAGCAGCUCCUACCACCUGCCCGAGUCCAGUCCUUCGCCCUCCAUAAGUCGACCUGGGUUGCACUCACCUGCUGCGGCUCGUGCUGCACAUUCCCCUGGAAGCUCAGGGGCCAGCAAAUAUCUGUCCUCUAUUCUCUCUCCUUCUUUCAUGACCCCGCCACAAGGUUUUCAUGAUACACGGCAAGCACAGAGCCAGCCUUACCACUCAACACCCCCGAAGCCAAAAACCGAGAGCAACAUGCUGGGAGUUGAGCGAUCACAAGAUGAGGAUGACGAGGAUGAUGAUGAUUUCCUUAUCCACCAGUUACUUCAUGCCCAGAGCUCAACUCCCCAUCAUCCACCCGCUCAGCAGCUACCCCAAGUACUGCCACCAGCUAGGGAUGGGGAAAGCAAAGUUGUGUCCUAUGACAUUAACAAGAUGUCAGAAGAGCGCUAUCACCUCCAGAGUGUCAUCCGUACAAAUAACACGCCCAGCAGUUCAGGUCCUGGGAUGGCCACUGGUGAGGGAGCAAGUGGCUUAAACGCUCAGCUAGAAAUAUCGCAAAAGAAACAUCAGCAACCCAAGUCAGAGCUGACCAUGUCAAAGUCAAGUGCUGGAGGGAUGGAAGCGGUCAAAGACUCUCUUUCCCAUUCUCACCAACAACAGCACGACUCGCUGGGCUCUGUUGUCCAUUAUGGAAGAGGUGACUCCUACACACAACAUCCACACUCGCAACAUUCCCAUCACACCUCAAGUGUGUCUUCAAGUUCUCAGCACUCCCAAAUCUCUCAGCAUUCUCAGCAUAGCCUUCCCCAUUCCCACUCACUCACCCAUCCUCACAUGGAGCUGAAGAAGCCUUCAGAUGCAAAUGACAAUGCAUACUUAUGUGACACACCAGAUGUGCAGCAAGCUCGACAAAACCAGGUCCCUCUUUCCCUGAUGGAUUCACCCCCAGAGCCCACCCACCAGCCUCACAUGCUAGAAUCUGUCCUUUCCCACACCACCCGCACAAAAAUGGAUCCACAGCAAGCCCCUUCACAGCAGCAGCAACAUGCUUUAAGUCAACAGGCCAUGAUGGGGUCAAAUGGAGGAGUGGGACCUGGAGGUGUGGAAUCGCACCCACAGAACCAGUCCUCUCAGUUGCAACUCCAGCUCCAGACCCAGGGUAUGGAUACACACUACAGCCUCACAGCUCAAUCACGAGAUCAAACCAGAGCCAGCCAUAACCCAGUUUCCCCACUAGAAAUGCUUGAUCAGUCUCAUUCCCGGACAAACAGAGACAGCACAGGAGCUCUGGAGAGAGCUGGGCUUGGGGUAGCUGGAGGCGAGGGGGGUGCUGGAGACAUACAUAGGCAGCAGCAAAGUCUCACACCCCACCACCUACCCCAACAAACACCCUCAGAUCUUCAUGACUUCCUCUCUGAACCAGAUUUGGGCUUGUCUACUCCCUCCCACUUACACCACCUCAACCGGCCUCAGGCCCACUCCCACCACCAACCACAAGCUCAUGUCCACCAACUGUCACACCCUCAGUUAGCUCAUCCACACUCCCACCAGAUGACUGCAAAUGUGGGGUCUGCUCAGCAACAGCCCCUGUCCAGAGAGCCUGAACCCCAGCUGUCACACUCCCAGUUAGACCAGCUUAAACAACACCAGUUUGACUCAGUGAGCCCAGCAGGGAAAAUAGGACAGAACCAGGCUCAGCAGCAGCGGUUUGCACCACUAACAUCCAUGUGCUUUCCAGAAUCGCUUUUACACGAUGAGGAUCGCUCAUUCUUCCCUGAGAUGGAGGAAAUGUUUUGUUCAGCCGAGUACAAGUCGAGCUGUGCUGGAGAUUCGAGGGGAGGACAGGGUGCUCAAGACAGCCUUUCCCAAGGUCACAGGGACGGGUCAGAGAGUUUGGAAACUUUAAAAGCAGGAGGUCCUGGAGAAGGCUAUGAUAUAGUUGGUCAUCACAAUGAUCGAGGCUAUGGACAGUACUGCCACAACCUUCCUGGCACAGGAAAUGGAAAUCUGCACUUAGACAUGGACUCUAUGAAAACCCACGAUCUUCCCUCCACGGUUAACACUGACCAGCUCGGCUUAAUCCAGUCCCAAGGUCCCGCAAUGGGACUUGGUUCAGCGGGUCAAGGCGAUGGCUCAGUCAACAAGAUGAUUGGUGCAAUGGGAGUGGGUGCAAGUUCAAACGCCGCUGGUCUGACCUCACCUAUCUUUUGCUCAUCACGACCCAAGAAACUGUUGAAGACCAGCUCGUUUCACUUGCUCAAACAGCGACGUGAGCCACAAACUCAAGCAAAGAAAAACUAUGCGCAGGAGUAUGAAUUUGAGGACGAUGAGGACAAAGCUGACGUUCCAGCUGAUAUCCGCCUCAACAGUCGGCGCCUUCCUGACUUACUCCCCGACUUGGUGUCUAGUUGUAGGAAGCCCGGAGUAAGUGGCCUCAGUCCUAUGAUGGGUGACAUGGACUUCUGCCACCCCUCUGGAUACCCGACUCUUGGUCAUCCUCCACAACUCUUCCCUCAGGAUGGUCCUAAGAAAAGAGGCAGGAAACCAACCAAACCAAAACGUGAGGGCCCUCCCCGCCCCCGAGGUCGACCACGCAUACGUCCCCUUCCAGAGCCUCCUUACUGCAGGGGGAUGAUGGGAUCGGUGGCCGGAGAAAGCAGAAGGGGUCGUGGACGAGGGCGGGGGCGAGGCAGGAGGGAGGAGGCGCUUGUGGAAAUGCAUCGAGAUAUGAACAAAGCACAAAGUCUCACAUAUCAUCAGCAGCAGCACUUCAGCCAAACACAGCAUCUCCAACAGCACCCGAACCAACACCAGAGGCUCCAGGCGGAUCUUCACCAAGCGCCGCAACAGCAGCUGCACUUGAGUCAGCAGCAGCAGCAGCACGUGUCCUGUCCUCAGCUCCAGCAGCAUCACCAUCAGCAGCAGCAGCAGCAGCAGGAGCCAAUCAGGCCAAUCAAGAUCAAGCUACCGGUUCCCACCAUGCCUCCGUCUGAGUCCCUGCUGAGGACAGACUCACUGUCCAGCACUGAGCCCGUUCUGUCCGAUGGCUCUGUUGGGUCUGCACCGUCUCUGGGCCUGAGUCCCGGACCCAGUGCCGUUAUGGAUAUUGGACGGAAUGAGCUGAACCAGAUUCAAGACAAGCUGAUGGAUCAUCAGGAGAAAGCUGAGGAGAUGACAUGGAAGAAAGACAUUGAUGAUCCACUGAACCCAGACGACUGGGCUGCUAUGCAGAAACUCUCCACUUCAGCUGAUGACAAGGCUUUUGACUUCAAACCCGGCUUCAUGGCUUCAUUUCUGGACUUCUUGAAGACCGGCAAAAAACCGUCCCACCUUGAAGCGGGACACGAUGGCUUCGAACAGGAAGCCCUGAAUCCCUGCUCCUCUCUGAAAGGAGGAAUCCAGCCCUUAUCCUCGCCCGCUUCCUCCCUCCCGCCGACUUCACCACAGCAGCCCCCAGACACAUUCAAUGAGGGGGGGCAGGGUGAAGGCGAGGAUCUGGCUCUCAGCGGCUGCCCAAGUCCCUGUAAGCCUCUGGACGAGGAGCUAAAGAGGAACCUGGAGACACUCCCUUCCUUCUCCUCUGAUGAGGAGGACUCUGUGAGUAAGAACCAGGACCUGCAGAAGAGCAUCUCAUCCGCCAUCUCAGCCCUUUAUGACACCCCACACUCACUAGCAGCUGCAAUGGCGUCUGCCAUGAUGAAGGCCCCACACACAUUGUCGCCUCCUACGCCACCCCAGGAGCCGCCCCUCAGCUCCCCCCUCCCUGCCAUGCCCCCCCUCAUCCCCAGCUUGGAGAAUCAAAAAGAGAACCCGCUCGCAUACACUCAGCAUCACACACAGAACACGGAAGAGGACGACUUUGUCUCGCCACAGUCACACAGAGACAAAGCAGAGGAGGAUGAGGCUGUGCAAGGAGGCGCAGAGGAGGAGGAGGAGGAGGAGAGCAGAGGGGAGACUGAAGACAAGCGAGAAGGAAUGAAGGAGGUGCACAAUCUGCAGCAGAGCAGCCCACAAGAUCUGAAGGGAGAGGAAGAAGAAAUGCACAAUCUGGAGGUUCCAAAGGUUGAAGAUUAUCUAUCAGGACCACUGCUUGGUGCAGCACUUUCGUCCCCUUCUCCGUCCAUCUCCCCCUCUCCCCCCAUCUACUCUUCACCUUCACCUCUCCCUCCGCCUUGUCUCCCCGUAUCCUCUCCUGUGCCAGUCAAGCAGAAUGAGGUGGAGAUGAAUGCAACUCAUCCCCCGUCAGAGCAGCAGCAACAGCCUUCAUACCAACCAGCUCCAACAGCAGGCACCUCCCCACCCCCCUCCACCUCCCCCCCAGCUGUCCCAUCUUCACCCCUCUCCAGCCUCCCCCUUGGCCAGUCAAUUCCCCCUCCAUCCACAACACCUCCCCCAUCAUGUUCUGAUCAGGACCAAGAACCUGAAGCGGGCCAACGUUCCCCCUCGACACCCUCCUCCUCCUCGCCCUCUUCAUCUCCCUCUCCUCCACCAUCGCCUCCAACCCCAGAGGAGGCCCCAGCAUCCCAGCGUCUUACCUCCCUUCAUCUGGCAAAGAAGCAGGCUGACGCCGCCAUAGCUGGGGAGAGUGAGGAGGAGGACAGUGAGAGUGGGGGUGAAGGGAUUUUCCGCGAACGGGAUGAGUUUGUGGUUCGAACGGAGGACAUUGGGACCCUGAAGAUGGCUUUACAGACCGGCCGCGAGCCCCCGCCCAUCUGGAGGGUACAGAAAGCCCUGCUUCAGAAGUUUAGCCCAGAAAUUAAGGAUGGUCAAAGGCAGUUCUGUGCAACCAGUAAUUAUCUUGGUUACUUUGGAGAUGCCAAAAUGCGCUACCAGCGUCUGUAUGUGAAGUUCUUGGAGAAUGUCAACAAAAAGGAUUACGUGAGAGUUUGCUCCCGUAAGCCGUGGCACCGAGCCGGCCUGACGCUGAGGCGCCAAUCACUACCCAAACACCUGCCCACUCUUCACAGUCAAACGCCACCUCGAGUGGAGAGGGACGAUAGAGACAAGGAGAGGCAGAAAGAGAGAGAGUUGAAGGAACAAAGAGAACGGCAAAAAGAGCAAAGGGAGAGAGAGCACAGAGAGAAGGUUGAAAAGGAAAACAAAGGGAGAGAAAGGAGAGAGAAAGAGGAGAGAGAUCAGAGGGAGAAACAAGAGAGGGAUCAAAAAGAAAAAGAGAAUGUGGAGAAAGAAAAACUUGACAAAGAAAAAGAGCGCAGAGAAAAGGAGAAAGAAAUGGAGUGGGAGAAAGAGCGAGAGAGUGAAAAAAGAGAGAUGGAGCAAAAAGACAGGGAAAGAAGAGAAUUGGAGCAAAGAGAGAGGGACAGAAGGAACAGAGAGCAAAGGGAGAAGGAGAAACAGGACAGAGAGAGGAAAGAGAGAGAGAGACAGGAAAGAGAGAGGAAAGAGAGAGAGAGACAGGAAAGGGAGAGGAAAGAAAGCGAAGCACAGGAGAGAGAAAGAAACGAAAGGGAAAAGCAGGAGAGAGAAAGGAAGGAAAGAGAAGCACAGGAAAGACAAAAGAAAGAAAAAGAGCAGCAGCAAUCAGAAAGGAAAGAAAGGGAGAAACAAGAGCGAGAGCAGAAAGACAACGAAAAGAGAGAGAGAGAGCAGAAAGAAAAUGAAAAGAGAGAGAAGGACCAGAAAGAAAAACAAGAGCAAGACACGAGAGAAAGGGAGAAACACGAAAAGCAGCGACGAGAGAAGCAUAGAGAUCAGAAAGACCGAGAACAGGAGAGUGAAAGGGAGAAACGGGAGCCUGAGGAGCAGGAGAGGACAGACGCCUCACUGGCGUUUGGACGAGCCAAGGAGGAGAAGAGAGGAGGAGGAGAGAAGAACGUGGAGCGCCAGGCCAGAGCCAAAAAGGACAAGGCUGAGCCUCCACCCAAGAAGAGGAAGAAGUGGCUGAAGGAGCUGCCGUCGUCCUCCUCCUCCUCCGACUCCUCUCCCCCCAGCGACGAUGAAGCGCCGCCGCGGGGGGCGGUCAACAGCCGGGCCAUGAGGGAGAUGUUCCGGAGCUACGUGGAGAUGCUGGUCAGCACAGCACUGGACCCUGACAUGAUCCAGGCCCUGGAGGACACAGACGAUGAGCUGUACCUCCCACCCAUGAGGAAGAUCGACAACCUGCUGAGUGUACAGAAGAAGAGGCUGCUGAGGAGAGUCAACAUGAGCGCUCAGCACCAGGAAGCUUUACACGUUUUCCCCAAGAUGACAGCCGACCCUCUGGACUCUGGAGCUGUUAAGGUUCAUCUUAGCGGAGAGGGUUACAACCGUAAAACUCUCAACCGGGUCAAGAGGAGCGUUCCUAAGCAGCAGGAUCUGAAGCUUUCAAUUGAAACAUGUCGGAUAUACAGUCUGUAUCAUUCUCUUCACCACUACAAGUAUCACACCUUCCUGCACUGCAAGAAAGAGACGGACAGUAUUGAGCAGGCAGCGGAGGACCCCGGCCAGGAGGAGGUGGUGCAGCAGUGCAUGGCCAACCAGGGCUGGCUGGAGAGCCUGUUCAACUCCUUUGUGGAGCUGCUGAGCCUUUGUGCCAAGGUCUGAAGGAUCCACAGUUCAUACCAUCCGCCUGCAGUAUUAUAAAGACGGAGGCUUAAGACAUUGAAAAGAAUGAAAGAAAGAAGAAAAAAAAAAAGACGUUUGAGACGCUGGUCGGGACAGAGUCCAGUGGGAACAGCCACUGUUGUGUUUGUGGAAGGUUUAAGUCCAAAAGUAUUUGUUUUAUUAAUAAAUCCAUGUUUAAGUAUUUCUGGAUUUGAAGAAACGUAUAAAAGGUGGAGGAGGAGAAGUAUGUGAAUGUGAAGAGACCGUAAGUAAAUGUCAUCGGCACCUCAGUUAUGACCUAACUGAAUAUUAGCACACACACGCAUACACACACACACACACACACACAUGCACACGCACGCACACGCACACACACACACUGUCUAUAAGUAUGUACUAAUAAAUAUGGUUUGUAUAAUUUAUACAAGGACAUUUUUAAAAUGACCGUCCUGAGAUGGAUUGUUUGCUGUUAUUAUUUUUAAAGAAAUGUUUUACGGGGGUGAACAUUAAAUGGCCCAUCUGUACAUUGUGCUUCUCUCAGAGAGGUGAACCUGUGGUUGAGCGAGACAGGCGAGGUUCAAGGACUAUGUGAUAGUCUCUGUGUCCGCCUGUUUCUGUUAAAGAGUCAAGAUGGAGAAGAAAUGUAUUUAAAACUAUGCUGUGUUCUGUUUGCUCUUUUAAAGACAACGAGACAGAAGAUUUAACGCCUGUAAAGAUAAGGGAGGAAAAAAUAAAGCACGGCUUCCUAAAGGAAGCGUGAGAUGAAAUGAUCCAAAAGCAUAAGUGUCAGUGUUUAAUGUGAGUCAUUUUAUCUGUUCUUUGUUGAUUGAUAUUUCCUAUUAUUUAACCUCUCUGAGGAUAUUCCCUUGUUUUGAUGUGUAAAUAUUGUACAGCUUCUUCAUUCUCUAGUUCCCAGUUGCGCUUCUGUACAUGAAAUUCCUGUAUUUGACAUAAUGAAAUAAAACUGUUCAAAUGACAAA